AUGCCUUCAAUAAAGCUGCAGAGUUUCUGAUGGUGAGAUUUUUGAGGUAGAUGUUGAAAUAGCAAAACAGUCUGUAACUAUCAAAACAAUGUUGGAGGACUUGGGGAUGGAUGAUGAGGGAGACGACGAUCCUGUUCCACUUCCAAAUGUUAAUGCUGCCAUUCUAAAAAAGGUAAUCCAGUGGUGUACUCAUCACAAAGAUGACCCUCCUCCGCCUGAGGAUGAUGAGAAUAAGGAAAAGAGAACAGAUGAUAUUCCUGUAUGGGACCAAGAGUUUCUUAAAGUUGACCAAGGAACACUUUUUGAACUUAUUUUGGCGGCCAACUAUUUGGAUAUUAAAGGAUUGCUUGAUGUCACCUGCAAAACGGUGGCUAACAUGAUUAAAGGCAAAACACCAGAAGAAAUCAGGAAGACCUUCAACAUAAAAAAUGACUUUACUGAAGAGGAAGAGGCACAAGUACGCAAAGAAAACCAAUGGUGUGAAGAGAAAUGA